UCCGUAUUCUUAUUGGACGGAUUUUCGAUAGUGGAGGAAGAAGAAAAGUUCGUUUCGAACUUUCUAUAAAAAGGUUAUGCAGUUGUAAAUAUAAAGAUUUCUUCAGUUAUUCUUGAAAGAACAUAAAUGUGGAAAGCAUGAUCGUACAAUUGACCACAGAAAUUAUUCGUUCGAUGAAUAUGUUUUAAUUAAAUUUACAAUUACCUGUGCUAACGUGGAUAUUAUACAUGGAGAAGAUGAGCAGUGAAAAUCAGAUUGCAAAUAUUGUAAAUGAUAUAUUGAAAGUGGAGGCGAUAGAGGAGGCGUUCAGUUGCGUCCUCGUUCAUCAUCCUAAUAAUGACACUGAGAAAAUAACAACAUGGCAAAACGAAUUGAAAUCAGUUUUGACUGGAUUGACAAAGGAGCAGCAAGAGGCUGCCGUUCGUCAGUUCCUAUCAAUGGCAGCAGCUAUGACUAAUCACAGACGAUUACAGUUACUUUUAUCGUUGCUGGAGAACUUGGUGCACUCUAAUUUUUUACCUGCCAGAUUAGUAUGCGAAUGUAUUUUAAGUUGCGACAAGUUACAGUAUCAGUUGGAAGAUUUUUGGAUUGAAUGUUUCGUCCUUAUUCGACGUAUUAUUGGUGCAGUAGAUUACAAGGGAGUUAGAGAAAUCAUGAAAGGAUGUAAGGAAAAGGCACAAACUAUACCAGCCCGGUUAGACGCAUCGGUGCAACCACAACUGAAAGCUUUGGAAAACGUUAUUGAAUAUAUUUUUGACAGAAACGCGUGCUUAUUACCUGGUUAUUUUAUUGUCAAUGAAAUACAGAAAGCCUACCCCGAUGGCAAAAAUUGGCCUCAUUGGAGAUUAGCGAAACUAUUGUCUAGUUUUGUUGAAAGUUUUCGCAACACCGCGCAAAUGGUGUCCAUAGUAGGACACUCAAAGAUGUUGCCAGUAGUUGAACAUACGGGAUAUGCAGAUCACUUGAUUAAUCCCUGGUUGUUGGAUCCUACUACGUUAAAGUUUUCCUUGAAAGGGAACUUACCGUACAAUCCGGAUUUACUUAAACCACAAACGGAAUUACUUAGAUAUGUUCUGGAGCAACCGUAUAGCAGGGAUAUGGUCUGCUCGAUGCUCGGUUUACAAAAACAGCAUAAGCAACGCUGCAUCGUCUUGGAGGAACAGCUUGUGGAGCUCGUUAUACUCGCGAUGGAACGAUCCGAGAACGAGACCCUGCCAGUGGAGGGGACAGACGGGACCGUGGCCAAUCACUGGGUGUGGCUCCAUCUCUCCUCACAGCUGAUCUACUUUAUUCUUUUUCAAUUCGCCUGUUUUCCAAGCAUCGUCAUGGCGAUACACGAUAAGUUGGCAGGCAGAGAAUUGCGGAAAGGGAGGGACCAUCUGAUGUGGGUUCUCUUGCAAUUUAUCUCUGGCAGCAUACAACGAAAUCCGCUUUCGAAUUUCCUGCCCGUGCUGAAGUUGUACGAUCUUCUCUACCCGGAGAAAGAGCCCUUGCCUGUCCCGGACUACACCCAGGCACUUUGUACGCAUCAGAUGGCGAUUACAUGUAUAUGGAUUCAUCUGCUGAAGAAAGCUCAGUCCGAACACUCUAAUAUUCACCGGCCUAUACCCCACACGCUCAAGGUCCAUCACGAAUUUCUGCAACAUCUAGUCAUGCCGAACACGUCCCUUUGCAUGGGUUCGGAUUAUCGAAUCGCCCUGUUAUGUAAUGCGUACUCGACGAAUCAGGAAUACUUCAGCAGACCGAUGGCAGCGCUGGUAGACACCAUCUUGGGUACUCAGAAGAGCCAGCAACAGCAACCGUUGCAAACGUUGCAGAAUAACGCGGCGUUGGCGAACGGCCCGACGACGCCGCUUUCGAUGUCCAUCCUGGACUCGCUGACCGUUCAUUCGAAAAUGAGUCUGAUUCACAGCAUUGUCACACAUGUGAUUAAAUUGGCGCAAUCCAAGAGUAACAUGGCGUUAGCGCCUGCACUGGUUGAAACCUACAGCCGUUUAUUGGUUUACACGGAGAUCGAGAGCCUCGGCAUAAAAGGAUUCAUCAGUCAGUUGCUACCGACAGUGUUCAAAUCUCACGCGUGGGGCACGCUGUACACGUUGCUGGAAAUGUUCAGCUACAGGAUGCAUCACAUCCAGCCGCAUUACAGAGUUCAGCUGCUGUCGCACCUUCACAGUCUCGCGGCGGUACCCCAAACCAAUCAGACGCAGUUGCAUCUAUGUGUUGAGAGCACGGCUCUGAGGCUCAUUACAGGAUUAGGUUCAGCGGAGGUCCAGCCGCAGUUAUCCAGAUUUUUAUCUGAACCGAAGACCCUUGUGUCCGCAGAAUCUGAGGAACUCAACAGGGUGUUAGUAUUAACACUGGCAAGAUCCAUGCAUGUGACUGGCACUGGCGCUGACAGUCUUAGUGGCACGUGGUGCAAGGAGCUACUGCACACAAUUAUGCAGAACACGCCGCACUCCUGGGCUAAUCACACCCUUCAGUGCUUCCCGCCAGUAUUAAGCGAGUUUUUUCAACAGAACAGCGUGGCCAAAGAAAACAAACAACAGAUUAAGAAGGCUGUUGAGGAGGAAUACAGAAAUUGGGCGUCGAUGAACAAUGAAAAUGAUAUUAUCGCGCACUUCUCAGUGCCUGGCACGCCACCGCUGUUUCUGUGCCUCGUGUGGAAGAUGAUAUUUGAAAGAGACUGUAUCAGUCCCAUUGCAUAUAAAAUUCUCGAAAGAAUUGGCGCCAGAGCUCUCUCGGCGCAUCUCCGAAAAUUUUGUGAUUAUCUAGUAUUUGAAUUUGCCAAUAGUGCGGGCGGUCAGCACGUUAAUAAAUGCGUGGACACCAUCAACGAUAUGAUCUGGAAGUACAAUAUAGUGACCAUCGAUAGGCUGGUACUCUGCCUAGCAUUAAGAACUCAGGAGGGCAGCGAGGCACAAGUGUGUUUCUUCAUCAUACAAUUAUUAUUGCUGAAAGCGGUGGAAUUCAGAAACCGGGUACAGGAAUUCGUUAAGGAAAACUCACCGGAACAUUGGAAGCAAUCGAACUGGCACGAGAAGCACCUUGCCUUCCACAGAAAGUUCCCGGAGAAGUUCGCGCCGGAAGGCAUCAUGGAACAAACUACCGGCGGGCCUAGCCAGUAUCAGAGCUUGCCUGUGUACUUCGGCAACGUGUGUCUCCGCUUUUUACCGGUUUUCGACAUAGUGGUACAUCGAUAUCUAGAGAUACCACCUGUUAUCAAAAGUUUGGAAACGCUGUUGGAGCAUUUGGGCUGUUUGUAUAAAUUUCAUGAUCGGCCCGUUACAUACCUUUACAACACGUUACAUUACUACGAAAGGAAAUUACGAGAUCGGCCUUCAUUGAAGCGCCGAUUGGUAUCUGCCGUUUUGGGUUCCUUGCGCGAGAUCAGAGCACCAGGAUGGGCACUUUCCGAGGCUUAUCAGAUAUACAUGACACGUUCUGCCGAUAACGCUGUCAACUGGAUACCAGAAUUGGACUACUACGUUCGCCUCGUACAAAGGAUGGUAGAAACUAUGUCUGGCACGGCCCAUUUCCCUGCUACUGACUGGAGGUUCAACGAAUUCCCAAAUCCAGCAGCACAUGCACUAUACGUGACCUGUGUUGAACUUAUGGCUGUUCCCGUUACUCCACAAUUGGUCGCUAAUUCACUAUUGGAUGUUGUUGCUAAAGGGUAUACCGUUAUACCGUCAGACGAGAUACAUUUGUGGAUAAAUUGCGUUGGUCUGCUCUUGGCCGCUUUGCCAGAAUGUUAUUGGUCAGCACUGCACGAUCGCUUGGUCGAGACCAUCAACAGUCCCGGUCUGGUCAACUGGCAGUACAACAACUUAACGCCGUUCCAAAUGUUCAAUUUCGACAUCACUCAUAAUAGUUUGUUAGAGAACAAGUAUAGUUAUAUGCUUGCACUGGCGCAUUCAGUGUGGCAUCACGCAGGUGUUGGACAAAUCACGACAAUGCCGCAGUUCAUCAAGGAGAAACUUCAGCCAUUUGUAACCAGCGAGGAACAACUGAUAUACGCUUGCCACUUGAUUGGUCCCACAUUGGCAAGAUUUAACGCAGAACGACCACAUUGCGUGGUCGAGCUAGCCGUUUGUUUGUAUGAGAUGUUGGAACGAGUCGAUCACACUCAGACUACAUUGAAAUACAUGGAUCCAGUUUGUGACUUAUUAUAUCACAUCAAGUACAUGUUUGUUGGUGAUAUGAUGAAGAAUGAAGUGGAGUGUAUCGUACGAAGACUGAGGCACCCGUUGCAGAUGCGGCUGCGUUUCAUCGCACAUAUAAAUGUCGAUGAGAUUCACACAUCCUGAAACAAGGUUGUUCCUGCUGCGAUGACUGCUACCUAACGUCACGAUGCGUGUUCAGCAUACCCGGAAAUCAAACGUCAAUCCAGUCAUUCCAAACUAAAUACGUAUUACUAUUUACUUCGAAUUAAAAAUAAUAUUCCUGUAAUUCAAAAGGAAUAUUCGAUAUAAAAUAUCGGAUAGAUAUAAAAAUGGUAAAAACUUUUUAUCUCUCGUAAGAAACAAGACUUUUAUAAUAAACGACUCGAUGUGAAAAAACACACACGACUAGAAAUUAAAAGAACAUGUAAGCGUAUUAUAAUAAAAUUAACAUAUUUAACGCAAAGU